UCCACAAAACUCCCAAAAUACACCUCGCGACUCCAUUUGUUUCUCCAAAUGCAAGAUCCGAAAAACUAAAUAACUGCAAUACUCAGCUUCUUCACUCCUCACGCCAACACCACACCAUUUCUCUUCCACACUCCAAAAUGGCUUCAUCUCAGGUUGAGAUGGAGGGAACGGCCGUGAAUGGCGGCAUCCAAUUGAAGCACCUAGGUUUUGUGAGGUCUCUCGUCAUAAACGCCGUCCUUCUCGUCUCCAACAUCUACGAUCACGCCAAGCAGAAUUCUGGCUCGUUCAGACCUACCGUCGACAGGGCGGAGGGCGCCGUUACGGCGGUUGUUACCCCGAUUUACCACCGAUUCAGAGACGUUCCUACUCAUCUUCUCGUUUUCCUCGACAAUAAGGUGGACGAUGCAUCUCACAAGUUCGAUGAGCAUGCUCCGCCCAUGGCCAAGAACGUGGCUCUCAAGGUCCAUGUCCUAAUGAAGAAGGCGUCCGCCACAGUUGAAGAGUUGGUCGAGGAAGCCAAGGUUGGUGGUCCAAUGGCUGCAGUAUAUCUAUCCUCGUCCAUGUCCAAGACCUUCGCCAUCAACCAGCUAGCUGUGGUGUGGUACAAGAUCAACCAGCACUCGACUCUGCAGGGAGUGGCGGAGGUUGCUGCUCCAACCGCCACACAUUGGUCGGAGAAGUACAAUAGCUUGGUCCAAGGCAUGAGAGGGAAAGGCUAUAGCUUGUUCUGCUACGCCCCGUUGAUACCAGUCCAGGAAAUGGCAAAGGCGUAUAAGCGAGUGGAGGCAUCUGCCGCGGAAAAGGAGGAGGAGGCGUCCAGCUCGAGUACGAGUGAAUCGGACAAGGAAUAGGUUCGGGUUUGGGGUGUUCGUGGUUGCAAAUACUGAUAGGUGCGCGUGCUUCUUUCUCAUCCCUCUUUGAAUUGUGCAAAUGAUGAGCGUGAUCGAUAUAUCCGGGGAUUUUUCUGCGAGCAUAUGGUGUCUUCCGCACACAGAAGCAAGGAGGGGCUUAAGCUUCUACCGAGCUAAAAGUUUCUUUUUUUCUAUUCCUAUACUUAUCAUUGAAUUUUUGAUAUUUUGUGUGAAUCGUUGUGCAAAAUCAACUAUCGUCACAGCAGAACACGAGAAAAAUUUUGUCUUCAAAUUUCAAACUUUAAAUUUAAAAUAUAUAACCCUUUGAUUAACAAA